AUGACAAAGUCUAUCUCUGACUCAGAAAGGUUAUUCUUAGAGGAUGGUGUUGACCAGGGAAUUCGUAAUGAUGGAAGAGAUUUAACCGAUUUCAGACCAAUAGUUAUUGCUCUGGAUGUUAUUUCUACUGCUAAUGGGUCUUCCCGUAUAAAGAAUGACGAACUUGAUAUAAUUGUUGCAGUUAAGAUAGUACCUAUUACAGGAAAGAAUGAGCCGGUAACUGGAGGUUCCAUUAUGGUUAAUGUUGAUUGUUCUAAUAUUAUGGAUAAGAUAUCUAAUGUAGCACCAUCCUUCACAGAAGAGGACUAUUCUUUCUAUAUAACUACUAUUAUUAAAGACAUGUGUUUCAAAAAUUUUGAUUUAUCAAAACUGACUAUUUCAGAAAAUAAACUCUAUUGGAAUAUUUAUAUUGACGCUACUAUCCUAAGUUUUGGAGGUAAUAUGGUCGAUUGGGUAGCUAUAGCGAUUCAAACUGCUUUAAGAACUACUAGGAUUCCAAAAAUCACUGUUUCACCCUCAACUUCAACUAGGGAAAACAGCAACAAAGACUUUACAUACACUGUAUCACCCUCUAUUUGCUCCGGUACCUUAUUUCCUUUCCAAGAUAUUCCUCUAAUCAUUUCAGCCGGAUGCAUUAGAGGUAAGGUAAUAUGGGAUAUGAACAUUCAAGAACAAAUAUGCUCAAAAACUAUCAUUGCACUUUCUAUUAAUUCUAAAGGAGAAUGUGUCGCAAUGAACAAAGUCUAUUCAAACACACUUGAUUUAAACCUCAUUCCAACAAUAAUCAACAAAGCAGCAGAGAUUUCCUCCGAAAUCUCCAAAUCCCUAGACGAGUUUUUCUCUGAUAAGCAAGUAUAA